GCUAGUUAUUAGUGAUUCUGGUUAGUGAGUCCACCGUAUCCAAAUAUAGAUGUUUUGUAUGUAAUUUAUGGUUUAUCGGUAUUUGUUUUCAUAGGCAUAGUAAUACAGUUUGAAGUAAUUGUUUAAGAUAUUACAAGAUAAUGGAUUUGUCCACCCCAUUGUUGUUCAUAGUUUUAUUCCUCAUUGCUUGCUUUUCAUUGUUUUUGGUUUACAAGUAUGGGGUCAAACAAAAAAGCUUUGAGGAGGCUCUUGCUGAACAACGCCAGCAAACCAAUGCCCUGCUGGGGUUGAAACCAAAACCAAAAGAGAAAAAGAAUAAAAAGGCUUCCAAAAAGUCAAAAGAGAAACUGUCUCAAGAAAAUGAGACUGAUGGGUUGGAAAAUAGUGAAAACAACAAAGAGAAUUCUCAACCAAAUAAACUCCAUGUUGAGUUCAAGGAAAUUCUUGAAGAGGUACCAACCAAAGAUGAAUUGAAAGCACCAACUAUAAAAGAGGUUUCAAAGGUAAAAAAGAUGAAAAAAGUGCGUCCUAUUCUUGUGAGAAAGGACAAAUCACCUGAAAAAGUGAUAGUUGGCAUGGUCAAUACUCCAACAGUGAAUCACUUUGAGGAGAAUCAUCCCAAAGAUGAUUUGGAAUUGAUGAGGUCCAGUAGUAAAGAUGACAUUCUCAAAACUGACCCAAUAAAAGAACUAAAAGAAAAGAAACCUGCCACAGAAACUAAUAUUUCUGUGAAAAAUAAAAAAAACAAUAAGCAGAUUGCUGACAGCAUUAAAAUUGAGCCUAGCCCCAUCAUUGAAAAGGUCAUUGAGGAGAAAGUUGAGAAAGCCUUGGAAAUUAUGCCUUUAGUGAAUCAAACUAAUGGAGCAUUGGUUGGUAACCCUGGAAAAGAAAAGAAGAAAAAGAAAAGUGAAUUCAACACAAGACAACAACUGACCGCCGAAAAGGAUGAACUCAUCAAUUCCGUGCGUAAAGCUGAGCUGUCUAAGACUGAGGUGCAGCUGCUCAUCGAUCUAUUACUCAACAAGCAGCUAGAGGCUCCGACUGUCAUCAGUGAUUGGAGUGAGGGUAAGUACGAUCCGAUCCAAAAGAUGAAAAAGCAGCUGGCGGAAAAAGAAAAAGCGUUGAUUGAGGAGCAAGAGGCCCUCUUGGGGGCACAGGCGAAACUCAAGGAGAUCCGUGCUGAACAGCAAGCCGAAAAAGCGCAGCUCCAGCAGAAGAUACGAGGGCUGGAAGAGUUGGCUCAGACCAGGCAUAUAGAGAUACAGGCUGGGAAUAACCGGUUCCAAGUUAAUGCUCAGAAAAUUCAGCAGCUGCAGGCGGAGCUCAAUUCUGAGAUGAUCAAAACACACAAGCUGAUGGAGGACAAUGCUGCUCUGCAGAUGCAGGCACAGCAGUAUGAAGUCAGCCUGUCUCAGAUGCAAGAUACUGAAAAUAUCAUCGGUAAACUCAGAAGUGACAUCGACGAACUGUCCGCCCAAAAUCAACAGCUUCGCAUGGACCUACAGCAAAUCGCCGCCGAAAAAGAGCACCAGCAACAACAUUUCAUGAUGCAAAUGGCCACCAUGGACAAGGGCUUCAAGGAAUCGCGCAUGGAAAUGGAGAAGAACCUCGAAAUGGCCCUCAGACAAGAAAAUGACUGGAAAAACGAAAUCGCCCACCUUGAUUCUACGUUGCAGCAGCGUUUCGAGGAAGAACGUAAAAUGGAACUGACGUUGGGACAACUAAAUGAGAAAUUGCGAUUGAUGAAUAAUGAGAAAGCUGAAUCUGUGAAAAAAAUUGCUCAGCUGACUUCGGAGCUGCAGUUAUCAAAGGAAGAAAUCAAGCACCUCAAUCAUUCUGCAGAAGGCAAACAAGUUCAUGAAGUGGAAGUUUUGAAUUUGACCAAUGAACUCGCCUCCAAGAAAAGCGAAUUGUCUACCAAGAUAUCGGAAUGGCAACAGACUGAGAGAAAAUACAAGGCUGAUUUGGAGACUACCAGAAGUAAUUAUCAGAAAAUCCAACAAGAUUUGGAGGAGCAAAAAGCCAAGAAUAAUGAGUUGCGUGCUAAGAACUGGAAAGUGAUGGAAGCACUCAAUGCUGCCGAAAGCAAGGCCAAAAAUGUUGUCACCAACAAGCAAUCGGAAAUUGAUGCUAAAAAACUCUCCGAGGACGCGAUCGCCGGAGAGCGCGCCGCGCAGAAAGCUUUCCUGCGGCGGUUGUUCCCCGAGAUCGAGGGCCUCGAGGCGGUGGCGGCAGCCGAGGACUGGCAGGCCGAAUGCGGCAAAUUGAUCGGCGAGCAUUUGAAAAGCCUGCGCGUCGAACAAGUCGCUGCGCCUGCCUCGACUCCGCCCGCGUCGCCCGGCAAGGCGCAGGAGGUCGGCAAGCUGCAGGCGCAGCUGCUGCAUUACAAGGGGAUCAUAGACGACACGGAGGGUAUGUUGAACAAUCUUCAGAAACAUAUAGAGAGGGAAGAAAUCAAUUGGCGAAGUCAGCUAGCAGCAAAAGAAGCAGAAAUUGAUCAUUUAAAAGAAACUCGUAUGGCUCAGAACUAUGUAGAACCGGCAGAGGUGCAAGGAGUUGAGUUCGCCUACAAAUGUAUUGAAAAGUCGCUGCCACUGGUUAUUGACGAGUUGCAGAGUAAAGUUAUCAGCUUAGAACAACAGUUGUCGAAUGAGGUGGCCGAGAAGCAGAGGUUGCUGCAAGACUGUCAGUUGCUGAAGAGUCAGGCGCCCCAAAAAUCUACGCCCAGGGCGGCUGAUCCUACGGCGACAAUAGAGAAGCUCUCGGAAGAAGUAAAUCGCUUGAGAGAACAACUAAGAGUAGAACAGACUAAAAACGGGGAUGUCGCUGUUAGCAUCAAAGCUAAAACUUGCAGUAAUCCGACAAAUGGAACUACAUUCAUAGAGGUCCCAACAAUCAGAAAUGCCAGCAUUUGUUCAAAUAUGGGGUGUCAGUUUUUAUAUUGUGAUGGCAAUAACUGUGGAGGAAAUUUAUAAAGUGCUGAAAAAUCCUUUUUGUAAGGGCAGUGGUGAGUUGCACUAAUCACUAGUGUUAAGCCUAAAUUCUGAUUCAACGAUUGAGGCAACAAUUCAUUAUAUAUACUUAAUUUUUGAUUAUUAUUACAACUAUCAUGAAAAAAAAAUACAUUAAUCAUUCCCUGGUUAGGUUAUUUGUGCAAUAAUUUUUGUUCAGUAGUUUGUUAUUUACACAGCAUUUUGUAUUGUAUUAUUAGUGGAUAGCAUUUCUGAUGAAAUGGUUUUCUAUAUGCCUUUUUAACUAUGAGAUUGAAAUUAGGAUAAGCAGACUUGUAAAGUAAAAAAGCGAGAUAUAUUAAUAACAAUUUAACUAUAGAUUUUGUCACUUGCUUUAUUCAAUUAGUGAAGAAUACAAGCUUAUGAGGAAUGUAUCCGAUUUUAGUUACAUUUAUAGUAUAUUCUUGUACGAAAAUUUUUCUGUCAGACUAAGACCUAAUUAAAUAUUAAUAUUU